AAUCUUCGAUUUAAAAAACCGCCCGGCCGCUUCUACUACUUCCGAGUCCUCCGAGUCCUCUUAUUCCAAGUAAGUCUCUUUCUUUCCUCUUCCUCGAGUCAUGUCUGACCACGAAGAUAGCCAGAACCCUUCCGCCCAUUCUUACGGUUCUGGUGACCAGGCUCAGACCUCCGGUUCCUCCUCUUCUUCAUCCUCUGAUUCUGAGCGCCCGGCUACUUCUCCACAAAAGAAGCCGGUUGAUGCUUCCACUUGUGCUCCUUCUUCUUCCGUGGCGCAAGUGAUCUCGGUUGCCCAACCUGGGGAUGAGGGCUUUAUUCUGCUGGACGACCGGUUGCUCCAAACGCAAUCGUCGGUCAUGCAGAAGGCCCAAGUCCACGAGGUGCACAACCUGAUGCCGGACGGGUACCAAUUAACUUACCGGGCAACGUGGAAGAGCAUUAUUCCUCUCCACGCCGGUACGUCGAUUGGUAUCCAUUACCACUCAAUCAAGGACCUGGGCGAAUUCUCCAUUCAUCCAUUCAAAGUCCUUUUCCUCGAAACAUACGGUAUCAUGCCCGGGCAGCUAGCCCCUAAUGGUCACCGUUUGUUGGGCAGCUUCAUCAAUGUCUGCCGGUUCCUUCGUAUUCCACUUUCCCUUCGUCUCUUUGACCAUAUGUUUGAUGUCCGGCCCGGGUCCAAGGAGACCCUUGGAUUCGUGGUGGUUUCUUCUCACCAAGGCCGGGCAUUUCUCUGUGGCCUUCCUCCUUCCAACAAGAAGUGGAAGGACAAAUACGUCUGUAUCAAAUUCCCCCCGACCGCCUUUCCUUUUACCCAAAAUGUCUGGGGGAAAAGAAUGAAGCGCCAGGUCAAACCGACGGAGGCCGAUGACCUGGUUGCCUGGGAAAACACCCUCCGGGCCGGGGAUGUCUACUCUCGGUCUUUACCACUGGUGAAGUUCCAAUCGAAAUUUGCCAUCACCCAGAUCGUGGUUGAGGAACCCUCCACUGCUCGGCCACUCAACCCCCCAACCAGCCAGCCUCUCUCUCUGGAGGAGCAGUCGGCCCAAUCCCACCAGGGGACCAGCCAGCCCAUACAUUCGGGGGAGCUCUACAUCAAUGUAGAUACCCUGGAGUUCGAUAACAUGCUGGGGGAAACCGGCCAUGCCUCUCAACCCCAUGAGGAUGAUGGCGAAGAAGAGGCUGCUGGAGAGUCCCUUCAGCGGAAGAGGCGGAAGACCGAGGAGGUCAACCAGCCAUCCCAUCAGGGGCCCCAGUCCUCUGACGCUGGCAAGGGACCCAUCGUGCCUCGAUCUGUGGCACUAAUGUCCCGGUCGGACGAAGAACUUUUCCAAGCUUUCCAUGCUGACCUGAGUGAGGUCGGCCGGAUUGGUGAAGAGAAGGAUGCCCAGGCUGCCCGCGCCCAUGCGGAGAAGAUGGAGGCCAAAUGGGUAGAGCACUGCGUGGUCUACCGCCAACUCUACGCCAAGCACGACGGACUUCUCAAGGCCGUGAAAGAUGCCGAUGAGCAAGCCCAGGCCAAGAUCCAGCUCCUGGAGGCUGAAAAUGCUCGGUCGGUUGAGGAGCUCGCUCGGCUUGGAGAUGAGCUGGAAAAAGAGCGCUCAGAAAGGGCUUCUCUGGCUGCUGCAUGGGCUGUUCAGGCACCUGAGGAGUUUGCUGCCCAAGCGCUUCUUGACCGGGAGACCGCCAUCCGCUUCUUCCAAGGCCUGUACAAGCAAAAGGUGUCGGUCGGGAUCGUGGAUGAGAUCGGCACCUUCGGCUACGAGAGCGGUCAGUACACGGAGCGGCGGGCCCUCUAUGGCAUCCUUGAGCAGCGAAUCCAAGGAUUUCGUCCCAAGGCUCUAUCUCUGCCCGAUCUGCACGACGAGGAACCGGUCCCUCCAUUCCCGGGAAUCUGACUCCCCUGGCCUUAUCUUUUAUUAUUUUUUUACUUCCCGUGUAAUGGUUUGCCUCCGGGCACUUUUGUAAGACGCUUAAAUAUUAAUGCAAGUGUUUUUCUUCUAUAUAUUCUCUUCAACUUGAGAUUUUUAACCGUUUAGAUUAGUAAAUAACAGCCCGGCCGCAUUUACCCGGUUUAAAAUAUAAUUUUACCCAAGGC